GGGGGGGAAAGAGAGACGGAGGGGGAGGGGAGAGGAGGAAGAGAGGGCGGAUCAGGUGGGAGGGAAGAUUAGGUUGGCCUGGAGGGCAAGGGCAGAAUGCCGGUUAGGGAGGCGGCGAGCGGGAAUGGUUCAGCACUCAGCAGAAUUGUAGGAGAGGAGGGAGAGGAGCGAGAGAGAAAGAAUCUGGCAACAAUCCAGCCUGGUACCCGGGAGGGAGCACUGGGACUGAACCGCCGUAGUAGGUAAGUCAGGUGUAUUAAAAGCACCUAUCAAUGGGGAGAGUGGGGAACCGAUCCCACGAUGACGAUAGCUCUGGAUUGGGCAAAACCGGUCGGCGUGACAGGGAAGAAAGAGCAGGCGCAGAGGACACUUGGUUGGGAAAUAACAAGAAAGGACCGAGAGAUCGAUCUAGGAAGCAGCAGCAGGAGUUUGAGAAUCCAACCACCCAAGCUAGGAGGGGUGGUGUCACAGGAAGGGGAAGAUUUUUCUCUGCACGAUGAUUACUAUCUACUAGUAUCUGGUCAUGUAGGCCUAAUCUGCUGCUCACCACGUAGUCCC